AUGACAGGAGGAUUGGUCGACGCCGCGGAAUCUGCAGCUGCUCCAGCAGAGAUGUCUAGUUUCUACGCCGCUGGCCUGGUCUUCAUCCCAGCGCGGCCAUACACGGGCUUCGUCGACUCGCUGGAAUACGUGACUGUAUACUUCCAUGAAACAGUCAUCGAAACAGUGGAGAACGCCACUGGGAAUGCAGUCAAUACAACCGAAGCUGUCGCAGAAGAAGUCGGCUUAGAGACAGCCAUUAACGCAGGCGUCAACGUCAUCAGUACAGGGGUAAACACCAUCUCGAUACCGUCAUUGCCGAGGAUGGCAGUGAACCGAUCGCAAGCGCGCCAGAACUAG